GAAGCUGCUUUGCAUAGGCCAAGCGCAGAAUCCCUCCAGAUAAACAUUUGUCACGAUGCCAAACUGAAACCAAAAAGGCUGGGACUUGCAUGCGACGACGAAUCUGCUGAGAGGUGUUUUUAAUCCAGCAAAUAUGGGACAAAAGGCAUCUUUGGCGGAAGACGUGGACGAUGCGGUGGAGGUGUUGUCAGCAACCAGCGAUGACAUCCUGCAGAAGGAAGACGGUCCUCUGUUAGCAGCUCAAAUUGGCUCUGAACUCCAGAAACGGUUCGCCAUCCUGCCAGGGUGUCGCGGCAUCGAUGGCCACCCCGUCAUCUUCCUCCCGGAGUUCCCGGCGUUCGAGGAGCUGCCGGAGGAGGAGCUCCAGAAUGUGCUCCGCUACCUCACCAGCGUCCCCAGCGUGGCGGCGUCUGAAGUGGGCUUCAUCCUGAUCGUCGACAGACGGCUGGACCGAUGGGCCGCCGUCAGGGCCACCCUGCUUCGCAUCGCAGGUUCAUUCCCGGGGAACUUGCACUUGGUUCUGGUGUUGCGUCCCACUGCUUUGUUCCAGCGGACUCUCUCGGACUUCCUGUUCAAGUACAACAAGGAUGAGUUCAAAAUGAAGGUGGUGAUGCUGAGUACAGUGACUGAGCUCCAUGCUUAUAUCGACCCGGGACAACUGACCACGGAGCUGGGAGGCACACAGGAGUACUGCCACGACAGCUGGAUCUCACACCGCACGGCCAUCGAGGCGUUCGCGCUAAUGGUGAAGACCGUGGCGCAGACCCUGCAGGCGUUUGGCACCGAGCUGGCCGAGACGGAGUUGCCCAACGACGCGGACGCCACCGUCCACCUGCUGCACGAGCACACGCUGAAGAAAGACACCAUGAAGGAGGACCUGAAGGUGGCGCUGUCUCAAGGAGGGCGUCUGUUGGCUUGCAUCAAUGAGCCGCUGCAGACGGGUCCCGAACACAGCAUGACGGAAGAUGAAAUGGAGAACCUGGCCACUGUUCAGAGACUUCUGGGUCAGCUGGACGAAACGGAGACGGCGUUUGAUGAUUUCUGGGAACGUCACCGCACCAAGCUGGAGCAGUGUUUGCAGCUCCGCCACUUUGAAAAGCACUUCCGUGAAGUGCGUCCCCAGCUUGGUGUGAUGGCCGAGCGUCUGUCGGGUUUCUCCGAAGUCAGCAUUAGUCCCGCCCACGCCGAGCACGUCCUGCGAGAGCUCAGCAGCCACGAGGAGAAAGCUUGUGAGCUGAUGGAUCUCGCCCUGUCUCUGGCCAGCGAAGGGGACAGGCUGAUAGAAAACUCGCACUAUGCUGAGGACUGCAUCAGGCCCAAGUGCAGCGAGCUGAGAGGAGUGUGUGAGGAGAUCGGCUCCACUCUGAGGAGCAAGAAGGGCCUCCUGCUCAGGGCCUUGGAGCUGCACCAUGCCCUGGAGAAGGCAUCCCAGUGGUGCGAGGAAGGCAUCUUCCUGUUGGCGAACCAACCCGUGGACCGCUGUCAGUCUCAGGAUGGAGCCGAGGCGGCUCUGCAUGAGCUGGAGCGGUACCUGGAUACCGCAGCUCUGCACACCCUCACGGACCGCAGCGCCAUCUGCUGUCAGUACGACGCCGUCCUCAAUCCUCAACUCAGGGACCACAUAGAUAAAGUUUUCCAGAAGCAAAGUUCUGUCCAGGAGAUGUUUGAGAAGAGACAAGUUAGUCUGAAGAAACUCGCCGCCAAGCAGACCAGACCAGUCCAGCCGGUAGCGCCGAGACCCGAGGUCAAGUCUCCGCUUUCCUCUCCCAGUCUAGAGAGAAAAGAGAGGAGAUUCUCGGCAGACAAUGCCCUCUGUAAAAAGGGGGAGUCUCCAGUUCACAAUGGUAGCACAAGGCAUGCUUCCCUUUCAGAGGAAGAGGAAAACCUGGCAGUGCUUCGUCGGCAUGUGAUGAACGAGCUGCUGGAGACUGAGAGGGUGUACGUGGAGGAGCUUCUGUGCGUGCUGGAGGGUUACGCAGCAGAGAUGGACAACCCCGCCAUGGCUCACCUCAUCCCCAGCAGCCUGCAGAGCAAGAAGGACAUCCUGUUUGGGAACAUGCCUGAGAUUUAUCAGUUUCAUAAGAGGACGUUCCUGAAGGAGCUCGAAGCGUACACAGACCGCCCAGAACUUGUAGGCCGCUGCUUUUUGGAACGGAUGUCAGACUUGCAGAUCUACGAGGCAUAUUGCCAGAAUAAACCUCGCUCAGAGAGCUUGUGGAGACAAUGCUCCGACUGUGCCUUCUUCCAGGAGUGCCAGAAGAAGCUUGAGCACAAACUUGGUUUGGACUCCUACCUCCUCAAGCCUGUCCAGAGAAUCACAAAGUACCAGCUCCUGCUAAAAGAGUUGCUGAAGUACAGUAAGGGCUGCGAUGGCGCUGCUGACCUGCAGGAAGCUCUCUCCUCCAUCCUGGGAAUCCUGAAAGCCGUCAACGACUCCAUGCAUCUCAUUGCCAUCACAGGAUAUGAGGGUAACCUCUCAGAGCUUGGUCGCCUGCUGAUGCAGGGCUCUUUCAGUGUUUGGACGGAGCAUAAAAAAGGCCACGCCAAGGUGAAGGACCUGGCCCGGUUCAAGCCCAUGCAGAGGCACCUGUUCCUGCACGAGAAGGCUCUGCUCUUUUGCAAGAGGAGGGAGGAGAACGGAGAGGGCUACGAGAAGGCUCCGUCGUACAGCUUCAAGCACUCACUCAGAAUGAGUGCGGUGGGCAUCACCGAGAAUGCUAAAGGAGACAACAAGAAGUUUGAGAUUUGGUGCAAUUCCAGGGAGGAGGUUUUUAUAGUGCAGGCUCCCACCGCGGAGAUCAAAACGGCAUGGGUGAACGAGAUCCGCAAAGUUCUGACUCAGCAGCUCAAAGCCUGCAGAGACGCCACUCAGCAGAAGGGCUCAGACUCGAUUUCUCCAAAUCCCACCAGCAAUAACACCUCCGUCUCCCUCAGCCCGUUCCGCAGCAGUGGCCAGAAGAACCAGAAGAAGCAGGAUGAGAAGAAGGCCGAGCCUAACCCGCCCCCAGAGGCUAACUCGUGUCCCUCACCGAAACACAAAGAUGAAGCUGUGACCAGCCCGACCACUGACAGGUCCUCAGUGGCUAAAAAGCGUUUUACUUUGCAGGGUUUCAGCAACCUCAAGAGUCCCAAAGGCUCAGCUCUGAGUCCUGAGCACACCUCCAAACGCCACUCGGUCAAGAGCGACCCCACGCCAUUUGGGUUCAAAGGCUGGAACAAGUCUUCUCUCUCGGCGGACGCCUCGGAGGAGAACGACGGCUUCUCCAGCGGCGAGGACCCCAUGAACUCUGACGUCGAGGAUGAAGUGGUGAAGAAGCUGGCUCCGGGAAAGUACACCGUGGUAGCAGACUGCGAGAAGGCGGGUCCUCAAGAGCUGUCUGUCAAAAGUGGAGACGUGGUCCAGCUGAUCAGAGAAGGAGAGGAGGGGCAAUGGUUUGUGAAGAACCUUCGAAGCGGUAAAGACGGCUGGGUGGCAGCUGCAAACCUCCUCAGCCUCAUCUCAGAGUCCAAAUCAUCUCAAUCACUCAGCAGCUCCGAUGGCAGCGUCUCUGGGAACCUCAGCACCUCCUCCAGCUGCAGCGAGACCUACACCAGCUUCUCCGACAUCAAACCCUGACCGUCCCCUCAACCCUUUGAAGUGAUUUUUCUACUCGCAUCGUGAAAUCUUCGGCUGACUCUGACAGGAAGACAGAAUCAGUGUAUUAUCUUUUUAGUAUUCUUAUUCUUAUUAUUGACACAGGUACCAACUUUAAAAGUUUCCUUGCACCUUAUAGUUCUAAUUUUCACAGACAUACCAUGUGAUGCAUCAUCUCCUGUCAGGUCUGCUUUAUAAAAAAAACAAAGAAAAGAAAAAUCCCAGAAGGCUUAAGAGCCUUAAUUUGCUGAACAAGUGUUCAGUGCCAUAGCGUGAUUAUGUAGCAUCUAAACAGACGUUUUUAAAGAGUAUCUGCACUAAACGCAACAGCACCGGAGUGAAACCCCGGGGCCCCGUCGAGACGAGGACAUCGCGGCACAGCGGCAGAUUCUUCAGAGCUUGCACGCGUGCUAUCCAACAGGUAUUUCACAUAUUGCAACAGCUUUAGUGUCGGGCAUUGAUUGCACGCUGUGAAAAGUGGCGGGCGGCUGCAACUAGAAACAUGCUGGUGGCGCGUCUUGGAGCGAAAACCGGGCCCCCCCUGUUAGUCAUGGGACAUGAAAGAGGUGUGUGUAUGUUUUGGCACACAAAAAAAAAAAAAAAAACUGUGUUCCUCCCAUAUUUUCACUGGAUAAACAAAGAUUUAGAUGUCUUGCAAGUUGAAUGUCACAAAAGGAUCCACAUCUUGCACAUCUCUACUUCAAAACAAAAAAAAAAAAAAAAACUGGCAGCUUGGACAUCUAGAUUUUUUAUUUUUUAUUUUUCCAAACGGGGCCUCCCCUCUGAGCCGCUCUCCGUUUUACCUCUCAGGAAAUCGCGGUAGUCGCUCGGUCAGGCAGGUGCUACUGCAUAUCUGCAUACCGUGUCACUGCAGGGGAGCUUUUAAAGAAGUGGCUAUAAUAAUAGAAAUCGUUUCCUCAGCACUGUGUGACCGUGACCUGACGUGCGCCGAAACGGUCAAACGGCAUCGCAAAUCUCAAUCAACUGCAUUUAUGUGUGUUUUUUUUUUUUUUCUGUGCCACCUGCACAAAAGACAGCUUUGUCUCUUGGUCUCUGCUCCCAGCCCCAUUCAGGCAUGUGACAGUAGCUACUUUUUUUUUUUUUUCAAAUAAAGCCAGACCUGUUCAACAUGUUUGCUGAACAGGUCUAAAUGUGGCGGAUCCCAUUUAGAAAUAACAAAAAAGAAGCUAAUUUUGUUUUUAUUUUUUUAGGAACUGCACAGAAGGAGGAACCUGUGCUGUCGUAAACACUGAAUCACCGCCUCUCUCUGGGAGCAAACUUGUGUUUAUUUUAUUUUUUAUAUACACACCCCAGAUUUCUACUGUAAAGUCCUCUCCUUCCUUUAUUUUUAUGAACAGGAAUGCGCAGGGCGCUGCUGAACUAAGCCCAGCUCCACCCGUUUAUAGCUCAGAGCGGGCCUGACGUCUCUGUUGGUAAAGGGAAAGGAAGAAUUUGUACGGCAGGCCUUUUUAGCUUCAGACGUUGCGCGGCUGGCCGGCCUUAUGUGUUGAUAAAUGUACCUCUUCUAUCGAUGUCACCUCUAUACCUCAUGCUGUUUCUCCUCAAGAGCACGUAAACUGUAAAGAAGAGUCUCUUUGUCUCAGCGUUUUCACUCUUUGUGGCAUGUUCCUCACAUUUCCCCUAUUUUAAACCUAAAAGAUAAAUAAAUAAAAUACAAUAUUUUUUACCCGGCGCUCUUCGUACAUUAUGAGAGUUUAUUUUCCUGCCCUCUGUAAGAAAGCUUGACACGGGCGCUAAACCUGUCAGGGCUUGGCCGUGGUCGCACCGUGAAGCUGGAUGAAUCGUUUGUACUUUUGAUUCCGUGGCUGGGGGGGAAAACGACGAGAAAGGGGUUAUAUUUUUUACUUUUCUGUUUUUAUGCAGCACAUUGCGGCAACCACUGUCUUUAUUUUCUGAUGGUAUAUCUACUGUGUAUGAUAUGGUGAAAUAAAAAUGUUAUUAUGAGACAUACAUGUAUAUAUUUGUAAAUAUGUAUUCUGACUUGUAUGUACAAUUAAAGCAGCUUUAAUAAAGUAUGAGAUGUUUCCUCAACUGGA